AAGACAAGUUUUGGAGCCGGAGAUCGCUCGGGUCAUUCGGAACAUUCGGGUCAGUCGAGUUGUUCCGAAGACGGAGAGGAUGUUACGUCACAAGAUUUCCGCAACGCGUCGGUUUUUCCCUGGGAAGAUGGCGACGGUCACAACAGCCACCUCAGAAUGGAUCCAGUUCUUCAAAGAUGCUGGGAUCCCUCCUGGACUGGCUGUCAACUACGCAGUGUCGUUUGUUGAUAACAGGAUUCAGAAAAGCAUGCUUAUGGACCUCAGUAAGGAAAUAAUGAUGGACUUGGGAAUUACAGUCAUCGGGGACAUCAUAGCCAUUCUCAAACAUGCAAAGCAUGUGUAUAGACAGGAUUUGUGUAAAACGACAACCGAGGCCAUUUCGUCUGGACAGACUAGUGUACAGGCUGAACUGAGACGUACUGCUAACACUCCUGCCACACGCAUGAUCGCCAAUGCUCUGAGCCGGGACUCCCCACCAAGCACGCCUGCUCGGCGCCCUGACAACCGAAUUUCAGUAACAGUCUCCAAUGCCAGUGCCAAAACAGUGCCCAGCAAGCCAGCAGAAGAAAAUGGGUUGCAAGUGAAGCGCCGGCGAGUCACAAGAGAAAUGGAGGGGAAAUACAUCAUAAACAUGCCAAAAGGCACAACAGCUCGCACUCGGCGCCUCCUGGCAAAGCAGGCAAAGAAAGCUAAGGUUUUAAAGCGUACUUCAGUGUUUGAUAGACUUGGGGCAGAGUCUAAGGCAGACACCACCUCAGCCAAUAAGCAGCCAACAGGUGUGUUUAGCCGACUGGGUAAAGCAGAGGGUGAUGAAGAGGGUGGAGGAAAGACAGAUGGUGUUGCAGAGGCUUUCGAGGACAAUGACAGCGACGGUGAGGGGUCAGUGCUGCAAUAUGCCGGCGUCCUCAAACGACCCCCACCCACUUCUAAAAAAGAGACUGUUACCACCAAAUCUAAACCCCUCACUCUGCGUAGACUAGGUGCAAAGUACAAACUCCCCUUAUCUGAAGGCACACCACCAAUCUCCUCCUCUACCUCCUCCUCCAGCCAGGAGGGGACACCCAAACUGGGUGUACUGCAGAGACUGGGCAAGGCCCCGUCAGUCAACCCUACCUCUUCGACCCCUCUAGUCAGUCAGCCUGCAGACACCCAGGACAGUCAUGUUACGAGUAGCAGAAGCAAAGCCCAGGGCAGCUUUGCUCUGGCCAGCCCUAAGGUCAGUAGUAGCACAGGCGACACUCACGGGGCUCAGAUGGACGCUGGGGCAGUCAGUGUAUUCAAGAGACUGGGCGCCCGGAAAACCUAAUACCCAAAAAACUAAAAGCCAACCCUUUUUAGCCCCUCCAGUUUGCCCCUUUUAUAACUUAAAACCCACCUGAAUUUCCUUUUGAGUGAGUGAAGAAACUCUAGGACCACACUUGAUGGAUUGGGGAGUCGAUAUGCUGUACCUCAUGGAGUGUUAUGAAUUUAUGAUACUAGGGGGGAAAAGGGACAGCUGCAAUAUCUGUUAAAUGUCAGUGUGGACAUACCUGUUGUCCUUAUGUUUGGUUAUAGGAAUCAUGCUCUAUCCCCCAUCCUACUUUUAUAGCUGCUCUCCUGUGCCCCUGCGAGUGAAACAUUUUUUCCAGAUUAAAGGGGGGUUUGUAAUAAAGAUUUUAUAAUGCAUGGCGCCCAGCA